AGUUCUACUCUACAGACAGUGAGAUAUUUGUUAGUAAUUUUUAUUGAUAUGUAAUAAUUUAUAGAUUAAGACUCUUUAAUCUAAGAUAAAUACUUAAUUCUUUACUGAAAAAGUCAUAUAAUUUACAGUCAUAAUAUUGAACGGACUUGACAAAGUCAAGUUUGGCACGGCAGUCCAAAGCUAAGUUAUCUCUAAACUUACCUUAUGUUUGUUUCUUGUUGAUUCUCGAUAAAUUUAUGGUUUUGGAACGCUGGCUUUCGAUUUUGACAAUCAUUCAUAGGAAUCGUCUCUACAGGCCAAAAUAAUAAUGUUACGCAAGGAAACGAUUUGGAGGGCGAAGGCAGAAAAGUAUCAGAAUGGCCUAAACGAAGUAUUGGGUGAUAGAGUCCUUGACCAGUUUCCCCAAAAUGAUCUUAGAGCAAAAGUUGAGUUUGCUCUGUUUGGACCACCGCCUUACAACAAUUGCAGCUCUGAGACUGACAAAGUUGUCGACAAACUUGUGAGCCACAUAUCUGCUGUAAGUGACAACUGCGGCGAAAGUAUUUUCCUGGGGUAUAUCUUUGUAUAUUUGCGUUAUAAAAAGAGUGAUGUAACCGAUAUCCAGGUUUUGUUUAGAGUGCUCAAGGAUAGUAAAUAUUUGAUUGUUGACUUGAACUGCCGGACCUACAAAGAUUGGGGGGAUUAUUUGGAGAACAAUCGUUUACCUAAGUGCGACAUGUGUUUUCCUGUAGGUGGUAGGUAUAGAUUUGAGGGUUUUCAAGUUGGGUUUGCGGAAUCGCCAGCAUGCAAAAUCAGCAAGAGCAUACUGAGGGGCUUAGAUGUGGCCAGCUCAGUAGUUGGAAUUUCUGCCACAGGAAUGACGCUAGCAGCACUGGCGCUCCCCAUCACGGCACCGUUUGUGGUGGGAGCAGCGGCGACGGCCAUUGCAACCGGCGCCUGGGACGUCGGACGCGGAGUCAACAAACUGGUGGACAGGAAGACACACAACCAAGAAAUCGGUCUGACCAACAGUGAGUCGGGCAAAAUCUGGUUCGAUAUGGCCACCUCCACACUGGGCGCUGUAACCGUCGGCGGACGCGCGUUUGUCAAAGGCAAGUCGCUCGUCAAAAUCGGACAGAUCGCGAUUGAAACUGACGCGGUCGCGUGUCGAUUGGUGAAGGGUGUCUCAGUUAUCAUCAGCGGCGUGGGAAUGACCAACAACCUGUUUACAGCCAUCAACAACUUCAGUCAAGGUGUUCUCAAUAUCACCGAUCUGGAAAAGUUCAAAAGCGCUUUCCUCUUCUUUUUCAACGAGUAUUUGACCAUCGAAAAUACUAGAACAUUUAUAAGACUGAUGGCUACCUUUAUUGACUUGAGGGCUGGGUUUUCCUUCUCCUCGAGAAACUCGAGUUUUUCUGCUGUGAAAAAUCUGUGCGUACACCGUGGUAAUGUUGAUUUCAAGAGAUUGCUUGGAAUGGUGACGUUCACCAUGAAAUGGGUGUUGUCCGAUGUUCGGCUGUCGAGAUUGGACACUAUUGUCAAUAGCAUGAUUACCACCACGUACAGUAUGUUGAGACAGCAAGUUAGUAUGAAGAAGGGCAUAAACGAUUUGACAGUCGCCUACGAAGACCUUUGGAGUCUGGUUAAAGAGCCGAUUGAGAAGGCAAGACGUAAGGUUGAAGUAAUGUUCACUCGCAACUUAGCAGCUAGAGAGACUUGCCAAUCCAAUCCUCACUGUGCUAGAGAACUGUGCUUGCUGUCACUCGAUUUAUUUGAGUAUUGCGAAGUGGAAGACCCACAAGAUUUAUUCAUGACGGAAAUUUUCCGUCUUUUUAAAAAAUCCAUUCAUCCCUAUAUUAACUUUAUUACCGUCAAUGAAAUGUCGAAAAUUGCUCACUUUGUUUGUGACAAUUUGAAACAAAAAUUUGAUGCUGAACAACUAUCUUACAAAACAUACCUGAAUGCAGCGAGGCAAAAAGACGGUGCAGACUUUGAUUACGAUAAAUUCAUGAAACUCCACAGUAUCCCAGAGGAGGUUGACUUGAACUGUUUUUUCUUAUCUAGGGCAAUAAUUGAGUUCGACCGACUCAACUAUUCUGAAAUACAGCGAAUGUUAAACACCUAUAAUGUCGAUUCAGAUGCCAACGUUACUACCCCAAUCCUAGAAGCAAACGGCACAACCCACUUUUUAUUCAGAGGCCCCCCGGAGCAGUGGAAUCUCACUGAAAAUCAGUAUUGGCAAAUGGCUCGUGAUUUGUCAGGCUUGGACGUGCAUGUUGACAACGCGUCACUGCAUCUUGAAGACAAUCAUGCCUACAUUCGUCCCAACGAUGAGUGUGAGAAUCAACAUAUAUUGGUUUUCUACAAUCGCCUACUGGGAAAUUCUGUUUCUGGUCUAUUUUCAGUUAUAAAUGUUCAAAUAGAUACAUGAUUUGAUCACGAAAAUUCACGAUAAUGCUACUUCUGGAUCUGUUUCACGUCUAUAAAUGAUAACCUAGAUAAAUCUAAGUAAGUAUCAAGCAUUAAUCAUGAUUUGAGGGAAUGUAGGCAGCUUAAUUACUAUGCUUUGAAAAACCGAUUCAUAAUGUCAAACUUUGCUAUAAAAUAGCUUAGAUUUCGUAGAAUAUACCAUAGUAAUCAAACUAUCAGUUUUAAUUUUAUUUCUAAAAAAUACUGAAAGUUUGAAGUGAAUCUUACUAUAGAAAUAAAAUUAAUUACUAUUAUUAUAAUAAAUUGAGGGCCGGUUUCCGAGCUCGGGAUUUAGCUAAGUUCUAGACUUUAAACAGCUGGAGUCAGAAAAUUGGCUUUCCGAAACGGGGCGUAGUCACAGUCUACGUUUAAAUUAAAUUUCGAAAAACUAUAAAAUUGAACUGAAACUAAAAUAAAGAGGAAAUACUGUAAAGGUUCAGCUAUUUGAAUUAUUUAGGCAUGUUUCAUUUUGUCAAGAAAAACGUUUCCAAUUAUAGAAAUGAGAAAAUUUAUCAUAAAAACUGCGACUACGCCCCGUUUCGGACAGCAAAUUUUCUGACUCCAGCUGUUUAAAGUCUAGAACUUAGCUAAAUCCCGAGCUCGGAAAUCGUCCCUAAAUCUAGUAUCUCACUAGGAUUCCCACUAGAUAUCUAGUGAAUAUGGAUAUCUAGUGAUAUCCCACUAGAUUUCUAGUUGCUAUCAUUAUUAUUUAUAUUUGUUGAAUGAAUUUUUUACAGCUAAUCAAGUAGCACCCUUUUAUUUGUCUUUUAUGAACCAUUUAUUUGCUUAUUAUUAGUUCAUAAAAUACCAAAAAUGAAAGUGUACUUUCAUGUAUGUUGAGUUGUAUUGUUAGUUAUGUUGAUUAUAAUAUUGAUUGUUAAUAUAUAAUCAAUAUAAUGUAUCUUUUAAUAUUUUUUUACAAAAAAUUUCAACUGUAAAACUUUAGUUUAGUAUCAAAUAGAAUGUGCACUUCUGUAUGUCAGUACAUGUACACUUGAAAAAUAUAUUCUUGUUUCAUAUUCUGAUUAGAAUCAAUCUGGUCUGCUUUGAAUGUAAUGUUAAUUAUUACAUAAUGUAUAUUAUGUAAUAAAUGUAUAAUGUAAUAAUGUAUAUUAUUUAUUAUAAUAAAUUAUAAAAUUCAUUGAUGUAUCACAGUUUUAGUUUCGGAUAGGGCUGUUGUAGGCCUUUAUGGGUGCAAAAUGAAUUGUGUCAAUUAGCCUACAUUGAGAGCAGGUUCCACAAAUUUUUCAAAUUGAAUUGUAAAUGUAAAUUUGAAAUAACUUGCCAUUUUUUAUGUAAAUAGAUACCUGAGUGACAAUUUUGUAUAUCAAUCUAAUAAAAUGUUAUGAACGAUC